CAGCACUCGACCUUCACACCCACCAGAGACUCAAUUGCGACUCCACCAUGGCCAAGCCCGACAAGAAGACCAUCACGGCGCCGGCCAAUGUUCAGACCGACCUCGAUCUCGUCCAGGCGUUCCUCAAACAAAACGGCCACGAGAGUGCGGCCAGCAGCCUCACGGACUACGCAGCCUGGGCCACAAAGCAGGCUAACAAGUCUGAUGCUAUGGACGUAGACGAGAAGAGCGCCAGCAGCAGCGAUGCAAGCAGCGACAGCAGUUUGGACAGCGACUCCAGCAGUGACUCUAGCAGCGCGUCCGAGGCAGAGACUAAGAAGCCGGCGAAGAAGGCCAAGAAGGUCGCAAAGAAGGACGACUCAAGUUCCAGCAGCGACUCCAGCUCGGAUGAGUCCUCCGACUCGGACAGCUCUUCUGACGAGGAGGCUGCACCAGCGCCCAAGAAGGCGAAGAAGGCAAAGAAGGCCAAGUCGGUUUCCUCUUCGUCUGCCUCCUCCUCCAGCGACUCCAGCGACUCCAGCGACGACUCCAGCAGCGAGGCUGAGGCUGAGCCCGCCAACGUGCCCCUCCCCAAGUCCGACGACUCGUCGAGCGCCUCCAGCGAUUCGGACAGCUCUUCAGACAGCGACAGCGACAGCGACAGCAGCAGCUCUGAGUCCGAGGAUGAGAAGCCCGCGAAGGCUAAGAAGGCCAAGAAGGCUGCCUCGGUCUCUUCAUCGUCAGCAUCGAGCUCCUCCGACAGCGACAGCGAUUCUGACGGUGAGCCUGCGAAGAAGGACGACUCAUCUUCAUCCUCCAGCGACUCGAGCUCCGACAGCGACUCCGACAGCGACUCCGACUCCGACUCCGACUCCUCGGAUGACGAGAAGACCACAGCCGCCAACCGCAAGGGCUCAGACUCUUCUGCAACCCUCGCAGCAGCAUCGCCGCCUGCUCCCAGCAACAACAAGCGCAAGCGCGACGGCGAGGAUGAGCAGCCCAACAAGAAGCGCAGUCACGUCGAGAACCGCUUCCAGCGCAUCAAGCCCGAUGUCGACGUCCGCCCCGAGCUUGCCAGUAACGCCUACGUUUCGUACGACUACGCCGACCGCGCGCACGCCAAGUUGAUUGUCACCAAGGGCAAGGGCUUCACAAAGGAGAAGAACAAGGGCAAGAGGGGCUCGUACCGCGGUGGCAUGAUUGACACAUCCGGCGGCAAGGGCUUCAAGUUUGAGGACUAGAGGAUGAAGAGAGACAUGGGUUGACAGUGGACAUGCAAACACGUUUUGGCGGGUGCAUUACAUUGCAUUAUAGAAGGAUGCACGGCUUCUCGGCGUGUACGAUUGGCGAACAGGAGUUACCGGCAGCGCAAAAGUUAUCAUACCCUUUUGGCGGCACGCGCCGCAGCGAUUUUGGAGGAGACGAGCCGUCAUGUUGAUAUAGAGCGACUUGUGUAGUAAACAGCAUAUACAGAUAGAAUCACGCAACAUGUUCAAGUAGCCUCC